AUGCAUCUCGACUGGAAUAGUGACAACAAGCAUGUGCUUUACAUGCAUAAGAGCAUUACUGUGAAAUACAACAAAGAUCAAGUCAACCUCACCCAAGACAGCCCAAAACUAUUGGGAGUGGGAACAACAUUGGACAUGACAUAUUUCGUGAAAUGGAUCCCUACAAAUGUCUCUUUUGCACGUCGUUUUGAUGUUUACCUGGACCACCCAUUUUUUGAGCAUCGGAUUCAUUGGUUCUCGAUUUUCAAUUCCUUCAUGAUGGUUAUAUUCCUUACCGGUCUGGCGUCGAUGAUAUUGAUGCGCACUUUAAGGAAUGAUUAUGCUAAAUAUGCUCGUGAUGAUGAUGAUCUAGAAGCCCUGGAAAGAGAUGUCAGUGAUGAGUUUGGUUGGAAACUUGUUCAUGAAGACGUAUUUCGGCCUCCCCAGAGUUUAGUUUUACUCUCUGCUCUAGUUGGCACUGGCGCACAAUUAGUAUUGUUGGUCCUCCUCAUUGUCUUAUAUGCUAUUGUUGGAAUGUUGUAUAUCGAGUAUGUGAAAAAUGCGACUUUUUUCUGA